CAUGAACUAUCAGAAGGUCAUGAAAUCUUCACACCUGACGUGAGGGAGACAAUCUCCUGCAGCAGAGGAAGACCUACAUCAAAUGAUGAAGAGAGGAGGAUGUCUCCAUCGCCACUGACUGCCAGCCAAUCACAGCGCUGCAGUCAUGAGAGAGGAGGAGGAAGCAUUUAGAUGUUUCAUCUUUUUAUAGAUAGAAGAAGAAAGUUUGUCAGAUGAAAUGGAAAGAAGAGGCAUGGAGGAGGAGCCACAGGUGGAGGCAAACUAAAGGAGGAGCAGCCUGAAAGCAGGGGGAGGACAGAGUGCAGGAGAGGAGACGGUAGGAUGAGGACCGAGGAAAACGUGCAGCAGAAAUGAAAGCAGUGCGAUGAAAGUGUCACAGCUGAUGAAGAAGCAGACUAGAGAGGAAGGUGUGAGUCGCGACUCAGGUCCUGCUGAAGACUAAAGAAACGUACCUGCUGAGGCUCCACCCACCCAACCAUCCUCCUCCGUGGUGACAUGCUCUGAUGAACACUUCAUACCAAGCUGAGACACGGCGGACGGCUGAAGGCAACGGAGGAGCGGCAGAAGCAAACUGGAGGAGAAUGAAGCCCACCUGAGCCAUUACCUGUCACACGUCAGGGAGAUGUUAAGCGCAGGCCAACACCUGCGGUCACCUCUUCAUUAUGGAAAAUGCGACGCCCAGCAGCUCCUCAGACCAGACUCACCUGAUGGACUACAACUACCUGGCCUUGGUUCUCGGCGUCGUGUUGAUCCUCGCCAUCAUCCUGGGAAACACGCUGGUGUGUCUGAGCGUGCUCACUGAGCACUCGCUGAAGACGGCCACCAAUUACUUCAUCAUCAGCCUGGCGGUGGCCGACCUGCUGCUGGCCGUUCUGGUGCUGCCGCUCUACGUCUACUCUGAGUUCCUGGGAGGAAUCUGGACUCUGAGCACGUCCGUUUGUGACGCUCUGAUGACCAUGGAUGUGAUGCUCUGCACCGCCUCCAUCCUGAACCUCUGUGCCAUCAGUGUGGACCGGUACAUUGCUGUGGUGGUGCCCCUGAAAUACAACCGGAACCAGUUCAGUGUUCGCCAACUUGUGCUCAUCACUGCAACCUGGGUCCUGUCUCUGGGUGUGGCGAGUCCGGUCAUCUUUGGUCUGAACCAGGUUCCGAAUCGGGAUCCAGCGCUGUGCAAACUGGAGGAUGAUCGCUUUGUGGUGUACUCGUCCAUCUGCUCCUUCUUCGUGCCUUGUCCCGUCAUGCUCUUCCUGUAUUACUGGAUGUUCCGUGGCCUGCGGCGUUGGAGCAGUCGGAGCCGGUCUCGGGCUCAUCGGCUCGGUCGGAGACGUCUGUCUUUGCAUCUCAGCUCAGCUCUGCACAGAGCUAAAGACACGACCGCCGGCAGCCCAGAGAAGGUUGUUUUUACAGUGCCACCAGUAAGCCCCGCCUCUCCAGCCACGUUCUCCAUGGCAGCACCGCGUGGAGCGCCGCCGACGGAGCAGAACCAGGACGGGACGGUAAUGACCGCUGACAGCGACCCAGUGACCAAUCAGAUGGACAGCGUUUCAGACGCAGAGCCCACCGGGGGCAGGGAGGGAAGCAGCCGGCGAGAGAAUGGCCUGAAACGCAACGCCACGAGGAGAGGACGGAGGAGCAGCAAGACGAGCAGAGUCAGCGGGAGGGAGCGUAAGGCCAUGAAGGUCCUACCGGUCGUUGUUGGAGUGUUUCUGGCCUGUUGGACGCCGUUCUUCACCGUCCAUGUCGCCAAGGUUUUAUGCCGCUCCUGUGACAUCGGUCCCACCCUCAUUUCCGUGGUCACAUGGCUCGGCUACGUCAACAGCGCCGUCAACCCCGUCAUCUACACCGUCUUUAACACAGAGUUCAGGAAUGUCUUUCACAAGCUCCUCUGCAGCCGGACGUGAUCUUUGGAGCAAAUGUUCUGCAGAACGUCUCCGUGGGCUCCAGAAGUCUGACUUCUCAAGUCUUCAUUGAGUCUGGAUCCUCAGAAGUCAAGCGGUCUCUUAUUUUAGCAUAUUAAUCCGUUUCUUAGAGCAGGCCAGAGGCAUCAAACGUCCCAGGUGUUCUUAUCUGAGUAGAUGCAGAUUUUAUAGCCGUUACAGGUACGUGUGGAUGUAUUUGUUACUUUUGACUUUGAUACACGCUUUUUGGAGACACAAAUGAUGCAAAUGGAGCAAAAGACCAACAGAUCUGAAUGUUUUGAAGAAGGUUUAGUGAUUUGUAGCUUUUGAAUCUGUGAAAUGAACGUCCUGAGAUGUAGCUACGACACAUGUUCUCCUUCUGGACAAUCAACACAAUAAAAAGAGAAAUUGUGCCAAUAGACCAGUUUACUGUUAUUGU